GUGUUUUAAGAAAGUUUUUUUCUAAGCAAUUGUAUAAUUUGAGAUACUAUACGUAAUGAAUUUAAUUUAUAUGCACCGACCGUCAGUGUAAAAUUAUUUUGCACAUGCAUCCAAUAAUAUACCGACACAUCAUGUAUGGUAAUUAAAAACACAUGAUGUGUCACAUUCAUUAAAUGAUGUGACAACGCGUCAUUGAAUGUAUGUGUAAAAAAUCUUUACACCGACAGUGCAUAACAAUUAAACUCAUAUGUAAUAUUCUAUGUGGAGUAUCUUUAUUUCUUUUCAAUUUUUUAAUCUUUUAUACUCAUACCAAUUUUUAAAGGAAAAUAAUAAUAUGAUAAAAUUAAAAUAUUCUUAUACUUCAUUUAUUAUUUGUCCAUCCUAUAUUUAUAACUACUUUAAUAAAUAAGGAUAACAUUGGUAAUACAAAAUAAUAAAUGUUUAUUGAUAUUAUAUAAUGAUAAAUUAUUUUGGUACCAAAAAGAUAUAAAUAAUUUGAGUCAAAUAAAUAUAUCAAAUGAGACUGUAGUAGUCAAGUUGAAUAUGACAAUUUUAAGUUACACUUAUUUUCUUCAUUUAUUUUUAUUUCUUAAAAUUUACUUAAAAAAUCUUAAAUCACCCUUAUUUUAAAACGGGUGGAUGAGUAGUUAGUUAUCAAAAGUUUUCUCUAGAUUUUUUUCUAUUUACAUUGAGAAAACUACUACUAACUUCUUUCUCUUUUCUGGUUUUCUUUAUCUCUCUUUGUGCUUUCAAAAGAGCAAGGGAAAACCAUAUAUAAUAUAUAUAGUGCAUAGAAAUAUAAACAAAGAAAAUAACAGAUAAUAAUAAUAAGAAGUAAAACAUGAAUAAUGUUGCUGCAAGUUUUGAUGCAGAGAACUCUGAGUUUAUAGAAGUUGAUCCUACUGGAAGAUAUGGAAGAUACAAUGAAAUUCUUGGUAAAGGAGCUUCUAAGACAGUAUAUAGAGCUUUUGAUGAGUAUGAAGGAAUAGAAGUAGCUUGGAAUCAAGUAAAACUUUAUGACUUUUUGAAAAAUCCUCAAGACCUUGAGAGGUUAUACUGUGAAAUUCAUCUUCUCAAGACAUUGAAGCACAAGAACAUCAUGAAGUUUUACACUUCUUGGGUUGAUACUGCCAACAGACACAUUAACUUUGUCACUGAGAUGUUCACAUCUGGGACUCUUAGACAGUACAGACUCAAACAUAAGAGAGUUAACAUCAGAGCUGUUAAGCAUUGGUGCAGACAGAUUUUGGAAGGUCUCCUCUAUCUCCAUAGCCAUGAUCCUCCUGUGAUUCAUAGAGAUCUCAAGUGUGAUAAUAUUUUCAUCAAUGGUAACCAAGGAGAAGUCAAAAUUGGUGAUCUUGGCCUCGCUGCAAUUCUCCGCAAAUCUAAUGCUGUUCAUUGUGUUGGAACACCUGAGUUUAUGGCUCCAGAAGUGUAUGAAGAAGAUUACAAUGAAUUGGUUGACAUAUACUCUUUUGGAAUGUGCAUCUUGGAGAUGGUCACCUUUGAAUAUCCUUAUAGUGAAUGCAACCAUCCUGCUCAAAUUUACAAAAAAGUUGUCUCUGGUAAGAUGCCAGAAGCACUUAACAAAGUAAAUGACACAGAGGUUAAGCAGUUUAUAGAGAAAUGCUUGGCAACCGUAUCCCUUAGACUUUCAGCUAAGGAACUCUUAGAUGACCCUUUUCUCCAAAUUGAUGAUUGUGCAUCUGACUUGAAAGAAUUUCAGUAUCUAAGAGAUUGCUAUGAAGUAACACCAGCAAUUAGACAACCUAUGAAUGAAAAUUAUAGCAUUCACAAUAGCUUAAUGAGUGUAUACACUGAUAAUAUUGGUGGUUAUCAAGAUGAUUUUGAAACAAAUGAUUUUGACUUCUUUGAUUGUGAAGACGAUGAUAAUUUGGAUGAAGUUGACACCUCAAUCAAAGGUAGGAAAAGAGAUGAUGGCAUCUUUCUGAGAAUCAGAAUACCAGAUAAGGAAGGUCGGGUACGAAACAUCUACUUCCCGUUCGACGCGGAGACUGAUACUGCAUUGAGUGUUGCGCAUGAAAUGGUAGCUGAGCUUGACAUAACUGACCAAGAUGUAACAAAAUUAGCAAACAUGAUAGAUAAUGAAAUUGCGACUUUAGUACCAGGAUGGAAAAAGGCAUCAAAAAUAGAUGAAAUUUCAGAAGCUUCAAGUGCAAGUUUCUGCCUCAAUUGUGCUGCAAACAAUACCUUAGUUGAUUAUGUAUCAUCAAAUAACCCAUGUGCCAAGAAUCUUCAAUUCUUUCAUUGUUCUAAAAAUGGAUGUGCAGCAGUUCAUGGCCGGUUCGAGGAGAUCACAUACCAAUAUGAAGGAUCUGCAAACAGUGCUACAGAAAAUGCACCACCAAGUCAAUCCAACGGCAUUCAUUUUGCCGAUAUCUGUGCUCAACGAGACGAAUGCGAGCCAAAUCAUGAAGAGUUGAAAGAUAUACAUUGUGACAAAUAUCACGAGGUAUCAAAACUAUCAACCAUAAAGGAAGAGGAGAGAAGUGUUGAUGUGGAUGUGGAUGACCAAAGUGAUUUUAAUACCAAAAAGCCUCCUACUAGCCCUGCAGCAUCAGAAUGUUCAUUACUCUUGGACUAUGAAAAUGAAAUAAGGCAAGAAUUGAGAUGGCUCAAAGCAAGGUACCAAAUGCAGCUACGAGAACUUAGAGACCGUCAAAUAGGUAGUACUAGACCAAAAUCUACUUGCACAUCUCCUGAAACUUUAAAAUUAGAGCAUGGAAAAGAUGGAUUUCUGAGACUAGCAGCAAAAUUGUCACACAUGAAUAUACAAAACAAUAAUAACUCGUUAUUGAGGUAUAUGGCUUAUAAGAAACAUUUUCCAUUUGAUGAUGACAAAUGCAACACUUUAGCUGACCAAAGGAUUCCAAAUUAUGUUUGUGAGAUGAGUCAGCCUAGCAAUUCUGAGCAAAUGGUCACAGCCAAGGAUUUCUUGGCAGGAGCUUUGCUUCCAAACUCGCUUCAAAGGGCAACCUCGCUUCCAGUUGAUGCAGUUGAUGUCUAGAUAGAAUCUGCAAAUACGUUUUCUCAUCACAUGAGGAAAUUGGAUCCAGCUGCGGUAUGGUGUUGCAGUUUAGGAACUGUUCUCACCAUACUGCAACUAUAAAAGAUCCAGGUCCAAUGACAGAUGUGAUGGAGGUUUCAGGAAUAAGGCUAGAUGUAAUUUAGCUUGUUGGCACCCUUUUUCUUGUAAGGUCUCACUUGGUAUGAGAAAAUGUCAGAUGUAAAUCAUAUAGUAGACUAACACAAUCACAUAAAUGUAACUAUAGUUUUCCCUUGAGUUGCUGAAUUGCAGAUCCAUCUACUAUAUAGUAUGAUGUUUUCAA